AAAUUGUUAUUUUGUGUACCUCGGCUAAUUCCUGGACGAAGGUUUUAUGCACAAAUAAGUUCGGAAAUUACUAGUGAAUUUCCGGGCGUGACAGUGGCCAACAAUGAGAUGCAGCGGCGCGGACUCGAGCACCGGAUGUUGGAGCUCGAGGGCCACAUGAUCGACAUCCGAGGUUCGCUGCGAACGUCGUUCACCAGCCUGCACUAACUCGCCGGGGAGUGUGGUGUCACGACUACCAUCCCGGCACACCCCAAUGAGUUCUCGCUGAUGUUGUCGCUUGCGGAACUGGCUACGGCGAUGGAGAUCCCCUCCAAGCAUGCGACCAGGAUCUACAAGGAGACGUCCAACGGCAUCUACACCGGGGCGUGCCAUGUCCUUGCGUGCAUGAGGCUGGCACAUCCCGAUCUGGGCCUUAUGAAGGCUUUGGAUCAGGGGGCCGCCGAUGAUGCGCGCAAGGCUACGAUGGAAGAAGUCGGUGACUUGGGGGAGUCCGUCCUCCCCCUUUUUAAAGAAUAUGUUGAUGUCGAGGAUGUCCAGCAGCGCGGGCAGCCCAAUAUGCCGGUGAUCGUUCUGGCGCUCAUACUCGAGCCGUUCAUGCACGGAGGCGAACGUGGCGAUGACGUCCCUAGAUUUCGAGAACAUGUUGGCUGAACGAGAUCGUCGAAUAUGAUAUUGGAAGACGAAGCUCGAGGUGGCCGAACUCGAAAAAACCAUGGUGGCGGUGAAGAAGGACCAGGCUGUGGAAGCUCUCCAGGGUCGCGAGGUGUGGUUCAAUUCGUACCUCAAGAGCUGCUGCAUGGCGAUGGCGAGGGUUUGCAAGGAGCUCCGAGUACCCCGCGAAGAUCCCGAGGAGUCGACGGCCGGUUAUAUCUCGUGGUUGAAUGGGGCCUGCGCACAGCUUGAAGGGAUUGGCCAUCGCAUCGAUGAUGUCAUGAAGCAGGAGUGUCGUCGAGCGAGCUGCUACGCCGGAGGACAUGUGCUAGCCUGCAUCCGAGAUCACCGCCCGCAGCUGCACCUCGAGUUCCUUCGCGAAGGGUUCUCGCGUUGUCGGAGGACACCUGCGGAGAUCGACGGUCUUGCGCAGUCGAUGGCGCCGCUUGCUGAGAAGGUUUUCCGCUCCAUGGAAUGGCGUUGGCCGUCCAGGUAGAUUUGGUAUCCUGUAGAAGAAUAUCUCAAGGAAGCAUGUAAUAUACUUUGAAGUAUUUAUGACUUGUAAGAAAUACUUGUAAAAUAUAAAGAGAAUCUAUCUAACUAAGUUUUCUUA